GGCAGGCGGUUCGUCCCUAUUGCUGGGAGAGCUCCGCGUUUCUCCCUCUGCCGAAUUCUGCAAAAAAAUUUCCAUGGAUAAUUUGCAAAUUGUGAUUGAAGCGAGGGACCAAUCUCAGAUUUCUGGAGAGACAUCAGGAACAGAUGAUGGUCCAAAAAUUGAGGGCUGCUGCUCCAUUCAAGAGGAAAAGUCUUGCAAUAAAACUCUGGAUCUAGAACUCCGAAAUCCAGAAAUGGAGACUUCAGCAUCUUUGAGUCCCAUCGCUGUGACGGUGUCACCCCCAGCGCCUCUCCAGCAGUGCCCGUCCAGAGUCUCUUUUGGUGACACCACCUGCCUCAUCUGUUUCCAUCAAUUCAGCCUUACCCGGCUGCCCAAAGUCCUGGCGUGCCAGCAUGCCUUCUGCGCCACAUGCCUGAAGAUGAUCUUGUGUCAAGAAGAUCACACCUGGAUCAUCAACUGUCCCCUCUGCCGAAAGGCCACCGUGGUAUUUGGGGGUCUCAUCUGCAGCCUCAGCAACCUACAGCACAUCAUGGAGCAGCUGGGGAGCGCAGAUCCAGAUGCAGAGAUCGCUGGCACCCCGGGCGCCGCCGGAGUGUGGCACAGCCAGCAGCAUCCUUCCCCUGAAAUGCAACCUCGGGAUUCCGGCGAGAUCAACCAGGCUGCCGUCAAGAGACUCAUCCUGCUGCUUCUGCUUGUUUUGGUGCUGAUUGCCUUCAUCCUCCCCUUCACCAACGCUGGACUGCUGACGUGGUUCCUCUGCUUCAUGGUCGUUUUAGGCGGCAUAAUCUGCGCCGUGCUUUGUUGGGAUCCCAGUUGGACCUACCCAAGUGUUUCGCUGCCCUUCUGGGCAAAGAAGGUCAAUCAAAUGGCCUGACUGACUUCUUCUAGCACGGGCCACAAGUCUCUUGGGCACUGGUGCUUGAGCACACAAGACCAAAGGGGUGGCUGAAUGGAUGUCAGGGGGGCUGGGUGGGUUCAGAUGUGGCAUUCACAUCUGGAAAUCUUGGCCGAGAUGCAUAGCUGUUUGUAGCAUCUGGCUUCACGUCCUGUUGGUCUGAAAAUAGCAAACACAAUCCUGAUGCCUUCUUGAAUAAUGGGGUUUUAUUUUGGAGGGUGCCUGAAUAAAUUCUCACUUGAUUUUAUUUCUCCAUGAUAAACCAAGGGUGGCUUCUGGCUUUAAAAAUAAAUAAAUGAGAAAGUCAAUGAUUAAUGAGUAACAUCUAGAUGGAAACUCCACCAUGGAAUGCAGUCUAUCUCCAAAGAGCUGGCUAACAACUGGGACAGCUGUGGUCUCCAUGUCUUCCUUAAAGGUGGUCCUUUAAGGGGUAAAAAUGUGAGUGUAGUUUAUUGGGGGUGGUUAAGGGUAGUCUUGGUUUUCAUUUAGCCAUUUUUGAAGUUUUCUUCAAGGGCUGCACAAGCAUAAACAUUUACAACAGAAAGCUCUAAAUCCAUUGUUAAACACACAAUUAUGGUGCUUAAAAAGAUUGUUUUUUAAAUUAGUACACACUUUGUUGGUAAACUGGGAAUUUAAAUCAAUGUCAGAGCGGCUUCCACACAGGUUGACUUAAAUUUCUUCUGGAAACAUUUGAUGGGGGAUACAGAUGGGUUUGUUCUUAUGUAUAGUUUGUGGGGAGGAGGUUUCCAUUGUUUUCAGAAGCCAAUAUUCACUUUAGUAAGUGGGAACGAACACAAUGAAGCAGCCCUGAAGUGAGGCUGUUGAAGCAUCCAGCAUUGCUGAAAUGUUUUAUGUUUAUGCUGUGAAGAUUCAGAUAAAGA